AUGGGCAGCCGCAGCACCCGGCCCAGGUCCCCACAGCGCCGGUCCAGCGGGGCGGACAGAGCAGACCAAAGGUGGUGGGGACCCUCUCCUUCCACCGCCCCCGAGCUCGGCCCUAUGACCGUGAUGGGGCAGAGCUGUCUCCUCCACGACCGUAGAGGCAGUGUGAGGAUACUGCCCAGGGACGAAAGUAUGGACCACUCAUGGAGCAUGGAGGUAGACACCAGGGUCUCGGGGAGCAUUCUGAGCCACCGCCGUGACAGUUCCCACACCACACCGAUACAACGAGCCCUGCGAUCACUCAGCAUCCCACUGGAGAGGCUGCAUGUUAUGAAGGGCCACAUGAUGGAGGACAUGUGCAAGGGGCUGAGCCGCCAGACACAUGCACAGGCCAAAGUGAGGAUGCUGCCCACCUACAUCUGCUCCACUCCCAAUGGCACUGAGAAGGGCAACUUUCUGGUGGUGGAGCUGUGCCAGAACCAGGUUCGGAUCCUGUUGGUGACGCUCUACGGAGAUGGAAACAUGAGCCCCCACAUGAUGUACAAGAUCUUUGACAUGCCAGAGGGCAUCAUGCAGGGCGAGGGGGAAGCGCUCUUUGACUUCAUUGCACAAUGCGUGUCCCACUUCCUGGCUGAGACCAUCAGCUCUGAGAGCAGAGAGAUCACAAACCUGCCCUUGGGCUUUGUGUUCCCCUUCAGCUGCCGGCAGACGCAGCUGGACAAGGCAGAACUCCUCUCCUGGUCCAAGGGCUUCAGCUGCAGUGGCGUGGUGGGGAAGGACGUGGUGCAGCUGCUGCAGUCAGCCAUCAAUAAACAGGAGAUGGGGGCCAGUGGAACAGAUAGCAAUUGGCUGUCCUCGUGGAGGGGCUGGAAAUCCUCUCAAUUUGCUCCUGGCCAGCUCUGCCACGUGGAGGUCGUUGCUGUGAUGAAUGACACUGUGGGCACCAUGAUGACCUGCAGCAUGGAGGGGAGACCCUGUGAGGUCGCCAUGGUUGCAGACAAGGGCUCCAACUGUUGCUUUAUGGCCGAAGCAUACCUGGUGGAAAUAACAGAUGAGACCAGCGGGCGGAUGUGUGUCAACACUGAAUGGGGCUGCUUUGGGGAUGAUGGCAUCCUGAAUGACAUCUUCACUCCCUAUGAUGAACAUGUGGAUGAGGAAUCUUCCAGCCCUGGGGAGAAGAGGUUUGAGAAGAUGGUGGGCAGCCUGUACCUGGGGGAGAUUGUCCGGCACGCACUGAUUGCCCUGACUGCUGAGAAAGCCCUCUUCACUGGCACCGAUAUUUCUGUCCUGAAGGAGAAAGGAGUGUUCACAAUGCACCAUGUUCUGGAUAUCAUCAACAAUGAGGACGGCAUAACUGAAGUGAAGAGGAUUCUGGAGGCUCUGGGGCUGCAGCCAAGUGAGCGAGAUUGCGGCCGGGUGCAGCAGAUCUGCCGGGCAGUGAUGGGGCGUGCUGCCACACUCCAUGCCACUGGGCUGGCUGCCAUCCUCAGCUACAUGUGCCAGACCCGGGAGAUGGAGACACUGAUGGUCAAUGUGGGGGUGGAAGGAGAAUUGUACUCGGGCUACCCCAGGUUUGAGGAGAUCCUGCUGAGUGUGUCAAGGCUGCUGGCCCCUGAGUGCAUGGCGACCUUCCUGCCCUCGAGAGAUGGCUCUGGGCGGGGGGCAGCCAUGGUGACAGCAGUGGCUUUGCGCCUGGCAGCCCAGCGCCGUGAGGUGAACGAGGUGCUGGCCCCGCUACGGCUCUCCCAUGCUGACCUGGAGAAAGUCCAGGCACUGAUGAGGGAGGAGAUGGAACGGGGCCUGUGCAAGGAGACCAAUCCCACUGCCUCUGUUCGCAUGCUACCCACCUACGUUUCUCACACACCCGAUGGCACCGAGAGAGGCGACUUUCUAGCACUGGACCUAGGGGGGACCAAUUUUCGUGUGCUGGUGGUGCGUGUGACAGAGGAGGGCAUCAGCAUGGCCAGCGAGAUCUACGUCAUCCCAGUUGCCAUCAUGCAGGGCACUGGGGAGAUGCUCUUUGACCACAUCAUCGACUGCAUCAUAGACUUCCAGAUGAAGCAAAACCUGGUGACACAGAUGCUGCCCCUCGGCUUCACCUUCUCCUUCCCCUGCCAGCAAGUGGGCCUGGAUAAGGCAUUGCUGCUGACCUGGACCAAAGGCUUCAGUGCCUCAGGCUGCGUGGGACAGGAUGUUGUCCAGCUGCUGCGGGACGCUGCCCAGCGCAAACAGCACUUAGGGAUGCAUGUGGUGGCUCUGGUCAAUGACACAGUGGGAACCAUGAUAGCCUGUGGUUAUGAUGACACCAAAUGUGAAAUCGGCCUCAUUGUGGGGACAGGGACCAAUGCCUGUUACAUGGAGGAGAUGAGGAACGUGGGCACUGUGGAGGGGGACCAGGGCCGCAUGUGCAUCAACAUGGAGUGGGGGGCCUUUGGGGACAACGGCUGCCUAGACCACAUCUUCACGCACUUCGACAAGGUGGUGGAUGAAACCACCAUCAACCCGGGCAAGCAGAGGUUUGAGAAACUCAUCAGUGGCAUGUACCUGGGCGAGAUUGUGCGUCAGAUCCUGAUGGUAAUGGUAGAGAGACAGCUCUUGUUCCAAGGCAGACCCUGUCCCAAACUUCAGACCAGGAACAUCUUCCAGACCAAGUUCCUCUCUACCAUUGAGCUCAAUGGGCUGGCCCUGGGGCAGAUAAGGGCCAUCCUGAACGAACUGGAGCUCGAUGCCAGCUUUGAGGACAGCAUGCUGAUGCGAGAAGUGUGCCAGGCUGUGUCCCUGCGGGCAGCCCAGCUCUGCGCUGCUGGCUUGGCUGCUGUGGUGGAGAAGAUGCGGGAGAACCGGGGCCUUGACCAACUGGCUGUCACUGUUGGGGUGGAUGGCACUUUGUACAAGCUGCACCCAUGCUUCUCUGACAACCUCCAGAAGACACUGAAGGACCUGGCACCCAACUGCAAUGUGACCUUCCUGCUAUCAGAAGAUGGCUCGGGGAAAGGGGCCGCGCUUGUGGCAGCUGUGGCCGAUCGUGCUGCCAACGCCAUGCAAUAA